GGUCUUAUGAGACCAUCUAGAUGGUCUUUGGAGGUCUAUUUGCUUACCUAUGGUCUUAUGAGACCAUCUAGAUGGUCUUUGGAGGUCUCUUUGCUUACCUAUGGUCUUAUGAGAUCAUCUAGAUGGUCUUUGGAGGUCUCUUUGCUUACCUAUGGUCUUAUGAGACCAUCUAGAUGGUCUUUGGCGGUCUCUUUGCUUACCUAUGGUCUUAUGAGACCAUCUAGAUGGUCUUUGGAGGUCUCUUUGCUUACCUAUGGUCUUAUGAGAUCUUCUAGAUUUUCUUUGGCGGUCUCUUUGCUUACCUAUGGUCUUAUGAGACCAUCUAGAUGGUCUUUGGAGGUCUCUUUGCUUACCUAUGGUCUUAUGAGAUCAUCUAGAUUUUCUUUGGUGGUCUCUUUGCUUACCUAUGGUCUUAUGAGACCAUCUAGAUGUUCUUUGGCGGGCUCUUUGCUUACCUAUGGUCUUAUGAGAUCAUCUAGAUGUUCUUUGGCGGUCUCUUUGCUUACCUAUGGUCUUAUGAGACCAUCUAGAUGUUCUUUGGCGGUCUCUUUGCUUACCUAUUGUCUUAUGAGAUCAUCUAGAUGUUCUUUGGCGGUCUCUUUGCUUACCUAUGGUCUUAUGAGACCAUCUAGAUGUUCUUUGGCGGUCUCUUUGCUUACCUAUGGUCUUAUGAGACCAUCUAGAUGGUCUUUGGAGGUCUCUUUGCUUACCUAUGGUCUUAUGAGAUCAUCUAGAUGUUCUUUGGCGGUCUCUUUGCUUACCUAUGGUCUUAUGAGACCAUCUAGAUGGUCUUUGGAGGUCUCUUUGCUUACCUAUGGUCUUAUGAGAUCAUCUAGAUGUUCUUUGGUGGUCUCUUUGCUUACCUAUGGUCUUAUGAGACCAUCUAGAUGGUCUUUGGAGGUCUCUUUGCUUACCUAUGGUCUUAUGAGAUCAUCUAGAUGUUCUUUGGCAGUCUCUUUGCUUACCUAUGGUCUUAUGAGACCAUCUAGAUGGUCUUUGGAGGUCUCUUUGCUUACCUAUGGUCUUAUGAGACCAUCUAGAUGGUCUUUGGAGGUCUCUUUGCUUACCUAUGGUCUUAUGAGAUCAUCUAGAUGUUCUUUGGCGGUCUCUUUGCUUACCUAUGGUCUUAUGAGACCAUCUAGAUGGUCUUUGGAGGUCUCUUUGCUUACCUAUGGUCUUAUGAGAUCAUCUAGAUUUUCUUUGGUGGUCUCUUUGCUUACCUAUGGUCUUAUGAGACCAUCUAGAUGGUCUUUGGAGGUCUCUUUGCUUACCUAUGGUCUUAUGAGACCAUCUAGAUGGUCUUUGGAGGUCUCUUUGCUUACCUAUGGUCUUAUGAGAUCAUCUAGAUGGUCUUUGGAGGUCUCUUUGCUUACCUAUGGUCUUAUGAGAUCUUCUAGAUGUUCUUUGGCAGUCUCUUUGCUUACCUAUGGUCUUAUGAGACCAUCUAGAUGGUCUUUGGAGGUCUCUUUGCUUACCUAUGGUCUUAUGAGACCAUCUAGAUGGUCUUUGGAGGUCUCUUUGCUUACCUAUGGUCUUAUGAGAUCUUCUAGAUGUUCUUUGGCGGUCUCUUUGCUUACCUAUGGUCUUAUGAGACCAUCUAGAUGGUCUUUGGAGGUCUCUUUGCUUACCUAUGGUCUUAUGAGACCAUCUAGAUGGUCUUUGGAGGUCUCUUUGCUUACCUAUGGUCUUAUGAGAUCUUCUAGAUGUUCUUUGGCGGUCUCUUUGCUUACCUAUGGUCUUAUGAGACCAUCUAGAUGGUCUUUGGAGGUCUCUUUGCUUACCUAUGGUCUUAUGAGACCAUCUAGAUGUUCUUUGGCGGUCUCUUUGCUUACCUAUGGUCUUAUGAGAUCAUCUAGAUGUUCUUUGGCGGUCUCUUUGCUUACCUAUGGUCUUAUGAGACCAUCUAGAUGGUCUUUGGAGGUCUCUUUGCUUACCUAUGGUCUUAUGAGAUCAUCUAGAUGUUCUUUGGUGGUCUCUUUGCUUACCUAUGGUCUUAUGAGACCAUCUAGAUGGUCUUUGGAGGUCUCUUUGCUUACCUAUGGUCUUAUGAGAUCAUCUAGAUGUUCUUUGGCAGUCUCUUUGCUUACCUAUGGUCUUAUGAGACCAUCUAGAUGGUCUUUGGAGGUCUCUUUGCUUACCUAUGGUCUUAUGAGACCAUCUAGAUGGUCUUUGGAGGUCUCUUUGCUUACCUAUGGUCUUAUGAGAUCAUCUAGAUGUUCUUUGGUGGUCUCUUUGCUUACCUAUGGUCUUAUGAGAUCAUCUAGAUGGUCUUUGGCGGUCUCUUUGCUUACCUAUGGUCUUAUGAGACCAUCUAGAUGGUCUUUGGAGGUCUCUUUGCUUACCUAUUGUCUUAUGAGACCAUCUAGAUGGUCUUUGGCGGUCUCUUUGCUUACCUAUGGUCUUAUGAGACCAUCUAGAUGGUCUUUGGCGGUCUCUUUGCUUACCUAUGGUCUUAUGAGACCAUCUAGAUGGUCUUUGGAGGUCUCUUUGCUUACCUAUGGUCUUAUGAGAUCAUCUAGAUGUUCUUUGGUGGUCUCUUUGCUUACCUAUGGUCUUAUGAGACCAUCUAGAUGGUCUUUGGAGGUCUCUUUGCUUACCUAUGGUCUUAUGAGAUCUUCUAGAUGUUCUUUGGCGGUCUCUUUGCUUACCUAUGGUCUUAUGAGACCAUCUAGAUUGUCUUUGGAGGUCUCUUUGCUUACCUAUGGUCUUAUGAGAUCAUCUAGAUGUUCUUUGGCGGGCUCUUUGCUUACCUAUGGUCUUAUGAGACCAUCUAGAUUGUCUUUGGUGGUCUCUUUGCUUACCUAUGGUCUUAUGAGACCAUCUAGAUGUUCUUUGGUGGUGUCUUUGCUUACCUAUGGUCUUAUGAGACCAUCUAGAUUGUCUUUGGAGGUCUCUUUGCUUACCUAUGGUCUUAUGAGACCAUCUAGAUGUUCUUUGGCGGGCUCUUUGCUUACCUAUGGUCUUAUGAGAUCAUCUAGAUGUUCUUUGGCGGUCUCUUUGCUUACCUAUGGUCUUAUGAGACCAUCUAGAUGUUCUUUGGAGGUCUCUUUGCUUACCUAUGGUCUUAUGAAAUCAUCUAGAUGUUCUUUGGCGGUCUCUUUGCUUACCUAUGGUCUUAUGAGACCAUCUAGAUGUUCUUUGGAGGUCUCUUUGCUUACCUAUGGUCUUAUGAGAUCAUCUAGAUGUUCUUUGGCGGUCUCUUUAUUUAUUUAUUUAUUUACAGUAUUUAUAUUCCGCCCUUCUCACCCCGAAGGGGGCUCAGGGCGGAUCACAUUAUAACACACAUAGGGCAAACAUUCAAUGCCCAUAAACACAUCAAACAGAGACAGAGAGAGACACGCAGAGGCAAGUUAACCUUCUUCUGAGGGGAUGUUCGAUUCUGGCCACAGGGGGGAGCAGCUGCUUCAUCAUCCACACUGACGGCACUUCCUCAUUCCAGGUCGUAAAUUAGUUAAUCUUGCCUCCCCACUUUUUAUAAGUGGUACCUUAUCUCCUACUUGAUAGAUGCAACUAUCUUUCGGGUUGCUAGGUCAGCAACGAGCAGGGGCUAUUUUUUAUUUUUAAUUGAUUCUCUUUGCUUACCUAUGGUCUUAUGAGACCAUCUAGAUGGUCUUUGGAGGUCUCUUUGCUUACCUAUGGUCUUAUGAGAUCAUCUAGAUGUUCUUUGGUGGUCUCUUUGCUUACCUAUGGUUUUAUGAGAUCAUCUAGAUGGCCUUUGGGGGUCUCUUUGCUUACCUAUGGUCUUAUGAGAUUGUCUAGACUGUAACGCUGACCAUCCCGUCCUCUGAAGGUCACACCAUCCUCCCCUCUGUUUGUCCUGACAUGUCCCCACCACCGAGGUCCCCUUUUCUCCACUAAUUGAACCUGAAGAGCAGACAGACGGCAUCAGAGGCAACCGGCAGAUCUUUUUAGUCCAUCUCCCCGGUUGCGGAGCUGCUGGGCACCCGGCCGUGUGAUGUAUUAUUAAUCCGACAUGCUCCGGCACUUCUCCUGGCUGAAUUAUUAAUAGGUGCCUGGGCUCCUCUGUCUGUAACAAUUAGCCUUUCUUCGGCUCAGGAGGCUCAGGGUGGUGGUUGCUUCUCUUUCUUCUCCUUCUCGCAACUCCUUGACCUUCGUUUGUUUCGCUGUUUGGCUCCGGUUCUCCAUUUAUUACAGACAUGAAACAUGAAUUCCCUACAUGCCAGCCAUUGGCAAGGUGACAUUCUUUCUGAACAUGCACAACUUCAGGUUCGCAUUGUUGGCCUGGCUUGGCCAGACAAGCACAUCUAAGUUGUUUCUUCUUCAGUCUAGAAGGCAAGAGACUUCUCAAAAUGGAGCCUUCUUUCCCCAGGAAAAGGGGCAGUCUCCAGAACAAAAAGAUACAUUUGCACGCCUAUAGCAGCAAGGCUCUGCAAACUGGCUAUAAACUCUGCUAAUGGUUGACUAUCAGAGUGCUGCAGAAUCUGCAGAAUCCCUGGAAGAAAUGCAAACAGGUGCUGUUCCUACAACUAUGAGCAAUUUGUAAAAUCAAACUCCUGGGAGACGGAACAGGGCGGUAGUGCCCACUUUGGGAACCACUGAUUUAUAGCAUCAUAAGCUGCUGACAGGUCUAUCAAGACAGCUCCUGAAAUGUGCCAUCUUUCAAAACCAUCCCCUAUAUGCUGAGCAAGGUUCAUCGCUUGUGACGUGCAGCUUUUCCAUAGGGUUGAUAGAUAGCGAUGAUUCAUAGAGGAAAAAGAAUGAUGUUGAUGAUAGAGACGGAUACUAGAUACGAAACGAACCACAAGAUGUCCAAAACCAACACACAGAAAAUAACACAUCACCCUCCGGCAUUACCAAGAUGGAUUCCAACAUCUUACUUCAAAUAAAGUCCCUAUUUCUCUCCCACUCCCUCGUAGUUUUUAGACGUACAGCAUUAGCAGAGAAGUGUAUUGCAAUCCUUUCCACGCUAAUUCUCUCUUGUAUUCGCGGAGAGUGAAAUCCCUGCGGUGCGCAGAUGAGGCCCAGGCGCCAAUUAAAACACAAACGGGCCUUGCUUUCCGACUUUGAGCUCUUAUUACCGCGCCAAUCCCAACCCGCAGAGGCUGUUCAAAAGCAACAAAGCAUGGUUUUUUGUAAAUGUAUUCAUAUAUAUAUAUAUAUAUAUAUAUAUAUAUAUAUAUAUAUAUAUAGUGACAACGUUGAUUAGAGCCCGUGCUCCAUAACAGACGGAGCCCCUGGAGGGAUGGAAACCGGCUUUGUUGUUUCUGACAAUGACAAAAUCCUUUCUCCUUCUGUUUCAAUUUGUGAGCAAAUCGAAAUGUAAAGAUUUGGAAGAUGGGGUUCCUUUCCUUUCCGCUCCCCCGAAAACGGGAUUUGUUCCCCUCCUUCUGUUAAUGAAUCGCUUGGAAUGGCUUUCCGUGGGUCCCUGCUGCGGCAUUUCCUUGGCGUCUCGUGGGACGACAAACAGAUGCCGGCUUCUCCAUGAUUAAUUCACUCCUUCGGAUGAGUUAAAAUUUCUUCCGGUUGCAGAUGCAGCGACUCUCCUUUGGAUUCGAUUUCUGGGGUUUUUUCAACACAAUGUAGACCCUUUAACCCAGGGGUCCUCAAACUUUUUAAGUGGAGGGCCGAUUCACAGUCCCUCAGACUGUUGGGGGGCUGGACUAGGAUGAAAUAGUAAAAAAUUAGGAUUGUUGUUGUUGUGUACCUUCAAGUCGUUUCAGACCUAGGUCAACCCUAACAUAAGACCAUAGGUAAACAAAGAGAGCUCCAAAGACCUCUAGGUGGUCUCAUAAGACCAUCGGUAAGGAAAGGGACCUUCAAAGGCCAUCUAGAUGAUCUCAUUCAUAAUAAUAAUAAUAAUAAUAAUAAUAAUAAUAAUAAUAAUAAUAAUCUUUAUUUAUACCUCGCCACCAUCUCCCCAACAGGGACUCGGGGCGGCUUACAUGGGGCCAUGCCCAGAACAAUACAAUAUAACAAAAUAUAAUAGAACAACAAAUCAUAGCACAUUAAACAACACAAUAAAAGAAAAUAUACACUACAUUAAACAAGAUCAAAAGAACAAUAAAACCAAGGGUGGGCCACAUGAACACUAAAUUAAAACUCGAGGAGAGAAAGGAAGUAGGAGUAAAAACCACAGAGGCCAUCAGAAGACCAUAGAUAAGGAAAGGGACCUCAAAGACCAUCUAGGUGAUCUCAUAAGACCAUAGGUAUGCAAAGAGACUUCCGAAGACCAUCUAGAUGGUCUCAUAGGACCAUUGGUAAGGAAAGGGACCCUCAAAGGCCAUCUAGAUGAUCUCAUCAGGCCAUCAAAAGACCAUAGAUAAAGAAAAGGACCCUCAAAGAUCAUCUAGAUGGUUUCGUAAGGCCGUAGCUAAGCAAAGAGACCUUCAAAGACCAUCUAGACGCUCUCAUAGGACCAUAGGUAAGGAACGUGACCUCCAAAAGCCAUAAUGAUGGCCUCGUAAGGCCGUAGCUAAGCAAAGAGACCUCCAAAGACCAGGUAGACUUAGGUCAACCCUAAAUCUAAAAUUUAGGACAGGGGCCAGGUCAAUGAUCUUGGAGGGCCACAUCCGGCCCACGGGCUUUAGUUUGGGGACCCCUGCUUUAACCCUCUCCAUUUGGAGAACUCCUUUGGGAUCUGGCAUCGGAUAUCAAUGUUUCUCAUGAUGGAUCCCAUCAUCCUGGAGAGAUGUGGCUUAUCAUCGAAUCCCCAUCAAUCUAGUAGAAGUGUGCAAAAUGGCUUAUUUAUUUACUUAUCGUAACAGUCUUCUGUUCAACCAUUUCCAGGCUCCCUGCUUGAGCGGUGAUGACACAAUUGUCAGCAUAGAUGAAACUCUCUGUCCCUUCUGGCAGUGGCUGGUCAUUUGUGUAAACAUUAAACAUGGAUGGAGCAAUUACAGGUUUUCCCAGUAAUAGGCAAUAAGAGCACUUUGCAUCUAUGUAUUUAUCUGUCUAAUUCCAUCUCAAUCAUCACCUCUCUCUCUCUCUCUCUCUCUCUCUAGGAAUCACCACUAUGAACGAUCUUCUCUUUAUCGCUAUGAAUUAUCAAUCUCUAUUAUCUACCUAUCUCGUUCUAGCUGUAUUUACUAAUCUUCCAUCCCUAUCUAUCACUGAUAGCCAUCCCCUCCCCAUUGGCUGGGGUUAAUAUUUUAAGAUUAAUAUUGUUAUUGACGCCAAUAUGGUUCCGAGUGUUGCAUUCAAGCAACGGCUUCCUUUCAUGGCCCUGGGAGUUGUAGUUUAGAUGAGACACAAACACUCGGAGACACAGAAGGCCUUGUCAAACGACAGCUCCCAGGAUCUCAUAGCAUUGGGCCGUGGCAGUUUAAGUGGUGUCAAACUGCAUUAAUUCCACAGUGUAGAUGCACCCGAGUGUCUAGCGAGAACCAAGGAAGCCACAGAUCCCUUGGUGUUUCUCGCCAGGUGUAAUGAAGUACGAAUUUUUGAUUUACAGAUGUUAUGUUUAAUUGUGUGUUUGUGUUUUAAAAGGGUAAGUAUUACAGUUAUUACAUCAGCACUCGGAGGCUGGUUGCCAUGGAGAAGUAGGCGGAGCCAACUGCCAUUUUGUUGAAAAAGUGCAGAGUUUAAAAAAGGGAUUCAGUCUGUGCUCUGAUGAGGCACAGGGAAGAUUGAUCAUAGGUUGAGGGGAUCAAGGAGAAUCAAUUGUUCAUUUUGAGUUGGUUUAAAAUAAGUUUGGUGACUUAUUGAAUGUAGUCUGUGUCCUGGUAAGGAACAGAGAAUCUGUGGUUUAAAAGUAGCAGAGGAUGAAGUUCUAACUACUUUAAGUUAAAGAAGUGACACUUUAGGGAGUUUGACUCACCUCAUUCUAGUAUUGUAACUGUUAAUAAAAGUGCCUCUAGGUGAGAAACAACAUUGUAACCACUAAGCUCUGUGCCUGAAUAAACUUGUUAUUGUUCCUCCAA